AUGGACAAUGUGAAAGUGAUGGAAACGUUCCAGAAGUUUAGGCCUCCCUACUUUGGUGGGAUUGCGCAGGACCCUUUGGCACCCACCAAAUGGGUAGAGGGAAUGAAAAAUGCAUUUAAGCCUAACCUCAUAUGGGAACACUUUAAAGUGGCAUUCUACAACAACUACUUCCCAGAUAGUGUGAGGGAGAGGAAGGAAACAGAGUUCAUGGAGUUGAACCAAGGGUCCAACUCUGUAUUGGAAUAUCAACAAGAUUUUGAGAAGUUGUUCUUCUUCGCACUUGAGCAUUUGAAGGGGGAUCAGGCAAAGGCGAAGAGAUUUGAGAAAGGGUUAAGACCCGCUAUAGGGGUUGUGUUAGUGGCUCAGUACCUCCACAGUUAUGCCCAGGUGGUUCAGGCUGCCAUAUCCAUUGAGGAUAAACAAAGAGAGAACUAUCAUGCCAUCUAA